AUGACGUCGGUUUCGGGAAAAAAAAAAAAUCUGCUUUUUUUCCUCGUUCUUUUUUCAAAGGUAUCUCAGGUGUACCGAGACAGAAGUAUCGGUAAUCCCAUUAACAUUGUGGUGGUAAAGAUUGUCUUACUGGAAUAUAAUCAGGUAGGAAAUUGAAAUUAUCAGCUUGCAUGUUCCCCAGACUGUUUCACGUACAUUUGAUGUGGUACAUAUGAGAAGAAUUUGGUGAACAAUCUCUUUCCGGAUUCUUCCCUUCAUGCUUUUGCUUAUCACAGUAUGUCUGAUUACAGGUUGUAUUAGAAUUCUAACAGUAGGAACUGUCACCCAAAUAGUGAAACGUGAAAAAAAAAAUGCUCAAAACAUUAAGGAAAGAAGGUAUAAAGGAAUACUAAAAAAGCAUGGGCACGAAAGGACAAGCUUGAUGAAGAUUAUAACGGAUUGCAAUUGUGGGUUUUGAAAAAAAACUUUUAUAUCGCCUGACAGUUUUUCAGUUUUUUUUUCUUUUUCGUAACGUUUAAUAUAAUGCUUAGAAGGCAUAUUUGUUGGACAAGAAGCUGCAAUUUUAUCAUCGAUUACAAGUAAUUUCAUCGCUAAUCUGAAGUCCCAUAGCACACAAGGAAGCAUUAUGGCGAUGUUGGCAAUAUUAACCGUGACACAGAGCCCCUCAUAUUUUUAAGGACAAAUUACUGUUACUGAUGUAGACUACGAGUAGUCCCUAUUUUUCCUCAGGGAUAGCAGAGCGAGCGAAACGCGAGCGCGCGUGAAAACAUUUUCUCUCUCACCGCCGCCGAAUGGGGACUGCUCGUAGUGUAUUACGGAUGAUGCUGUUGGGCGUUUGCACUUGUCCCAAAAGGACUUGGCGAGCUCAGAAUAACCUUUCUUAAGAUUUAUACCUCUUCUUUUCCUUGUUUUUAUUUUAUUUUAUUAUUAUUAUUAUUAUUAUUUUUUACAGAGGGGCCUCCAUAUCUCCUCAGACUCUACUCGCACUCUUAAAAGCUUUUGCCGUUGGCAGAAUCGGGUGAUGACUAAACCACAGAAGGACCCAGAACACCACGAUACCGCGGUUCUUCUAACAAGGUGAGAUUCACCCCAGUUGAGCGCCCUUAAUUGAGUUUUGAGAUAACGAAAGAUUCUGUGAAACAUAUAUGGCAUAAAACGUAACGCUACAAAAACAUGCCGUUUCGGCGACGACAUGUCACCAUUAUCAAAUGCAAAUAAAAAGAACGAAAUGAUUAAAAUUAUAGGAAGAUCAAAAGACUAAAAUAUUAAGGAGCUACAUGUUAACCAGUCAGCAAUGCAACGUACCAGUAAUAUAACCUCUUGGAGAUUUAUCUAUUAUUCACUCAAAUAUUUACCCGUUUCUGUUUGGCUUUAAGUUCCCAGGCUAAUUUUUUACAACAAGCAAGCGCUGACCAAAUUUGGAAGGUGCUUGGUAUUAUUCCACGAUUGAUGACAGUGAUAGAGUCAUUAAAACUAUUUAGUCUGUGUGUAGCUGCCCCUCCCCCUCCCCCUACCUUCAAACAAAAUCUAGGAAGGGAAGGGGCGUCUGCACACAGGCUUAAAAUAUUGUACGUACGCUUGGUUUUCAUUUACAGGCGGGCACACGACUGGAGGUCUUGGCAAUAGGGUUAGGGUUCGAGUUACAAGACCUUUGUACCGGUAAACCUGCGAGUUAAACCCUCAGUUGUACUCGAUAACGCCUCUGUUUUGGCAAUGCAUACACACGAACUAUGUCAGCUGCUUUGAAGAAUGUCUUCAAGAACACACCCUAGAACUGCCAAGUCACAGGCAAACGCUAAUUCGAGAAAUAUGAAUGUUAUAAACUAGGAAAUUAUUUGAAUGAGUAACAAACCAAUUAUGUCUAUCAAGAAUAACCAAGCGUACGUUCACGUUAGCCAGGGCUAAAAUGAAUCACAACGGCCUAUAUGACAUCUUUACUUUGAUGAAUCGUUCUUUUGUGCCUAAAGGUAUUUUUCUUUCUCGCAGGAGAAAUUUAUGCAGACGCCCUGGAAAGUGUGACACUUUAGGUAAACAUCUUUCUAUAUUGUGAACAGCUUCACGAAUACUUCCAGUGUGGACUAGAACAGCAUUUUCGGCUUAUUUAGUAUCACCCACUUUAAAUAAAGAUAUCGUGCGGUGGGCAGAACAAUUGUCUUAAACUGGGGCCUGAUUUACUAGACUUCGACAACCCCCUUGAGAACGCCAUGACUGUUUCUAACUUCAGGACACCGUUCUUUUGUUUUAUUAUUUUUCAGGUCUUGCUGAGUUAGGAACAAUGUGUUCCCCAGGGCGAAGCUGUGCUUUAGCAGAAGACAGCGGACUGGGGACAGCGUACACUAUUGCACACGAGUUGGGGCACGUGUAAGUACCUUAUAUGAAGUAUCUAGAACAUGUGUAAGUACAGAUACCGUAUGAAGUGGAAUGUGUUGCUGGCUAUCACAUUGUCUGCUUUGAAAAUCUCCGAGCCUUUUUUCCGUAAUAAAUGACAAGCCCAAACCGUGAUCAUGUCAAAUCCAAGAUGUUCGAGAGAUUUGCAAUCACUUCACUCACAACAAACGUCGAAUGUCAAUUUGUGCCAAGUGACCGAGAUUCUGCUUUAGUUGUCGUUUAAUAUUUGUCAUAUCUACCGGAAAAAAAAAAGAAGUUUCAUGCUAGUUUCGUCCUUAACAAUUUCUUUGGACUUUCUUCUUUUUCAAAUGCUUAUUUGAAAUAGGUCAACUUGAAUCUGACGUUUGCCAUAAACGGCGUUCUAGAUGGAUUCUAAAUAGGAGGUUCCUAGACAUUUUCCCUUUUUACGUUAAAGUUAUUCAGUUGAAUUUCUUCGGUUCUGUUGGUAGCCUGAGAAAACAGCCGACAUUUAGUGGCGUCGCGAAUUGUCGGCUAUUUUCUCAGGCUAUUCAGUCGGUCUUUUUGUUUGUUUCCGUGUUUAAAAAGCAGAAUAUCUUAUUUCCCCGCAGUUUUAGCCUCCCCCAUGAUGGCGAUAACAACCCGUGCACUCGGAGUAGAGGAGACCAGCGCCUCAUGGCCCCGUCACUCAGUUUCGAUACAAAGCCUUGGUCUUGGUCCAACUGCAGUCGAGAUAAAAUCACCCAGUUCUUGGAGUAAGUUAAAGAGAACCUUUUCUUUAGUCUACAAUAUUUAUAUAAAUCUAAUUAUGUAUUGGCAUUUUUGUGUUAAGGUUUGAAUUUUCCACAGUUAUGUAUGUGUUGUUAUAUAUAAAUACGGUAAAAAAACGUCUGUUCUCCUUGACGUUAACAGCAAAGAGCACGCACGCUGCUUUCUACGACCCUAAGUACUCUUGAUAAUUUAUAAUUAGUCCACUCAAUUUAAUCUUUUUUUUAAAAUUGAAUUCUUUUAAUUGUCGCCUAUUUUUGCCGUUUGCUAAGGUUAGGUUACGGUUCGUGCCUUGCGGACAAACCACUCGAAAAAGCAGAACUGAAAUAUCGCGAUAGACUUCCUGGUGAACUCUACAGUGUGGACCAACAGUGCAAAAUGGUUUUUGGCGGGAACUCAUCGCUUUGUCCCUUUAUGGUUAGUACUUUACGUAAGCCAUCAUUAGUUAUAUUCUCCUGUAGCAUCUCGUCUGUACUCUGUAUACCUCUGGUACCAAUGUGACUAAUACGUCGAAAAAUAGAUCCCUUAAUCUCCUCGUCUAUAGGUUUGGUUCAGCAGACGUAACUAAGUAAUGUGUAAGGGCAGAUUAGGGUAUGAUUACUGAUCAUUCGUCCUGUUUUCCCCUUUUUUCCCCUUUCCCCUUUGGAUUUGACCCAAUAGCACAAUCAUUUCUCCACCUUUAACAUUACAAAAUGGUUAGUGUCCUGUCAUUCAAAAACGCAAACAUGUCUAUGGGAAACUGAAAAGCACUUCAAAAAUAAAAACUAACAGUAUAAAAAGAGGCUUUGGCCUAUAUCAUUUAGAUACUUUAAGGUAUCUGCACCGGCAAAUUUUGCACAUUUUAGGUGAUACACUGACAUCCAGUGUAAGAGAGCAUUUAUUCUCAGUUCAAGUUUAUUUCUCUUAUUUGCCUUGAAGGAACCUUGUCGGCGACUUUGGUGCGUAAAAAUGAUCAACAACCGAAGGGGAUGCUCCACUCAACAUAUGCCUUGGGCAGACGGAACCCCUUGUGCGAGGAAGAGGGUA